AUGGUUUUUAUACCAGAAGAUAGAGCAUUUCAAACUGUAUCACUGCCGUGUUCUACACCAAAAACUCACAACUUGGAUCGUUACACGACGUGGCCAAUGUUCGCCCGUGACAUCGGACCAGAUUCAGGCUCCGCCCUCUCCACACAGAAUCUCUACGGAGUCCAUCCAUUCUAUAUGUGUAUUGAGGCAGAUGGAAAGGCUCACGGAGUAUUUAUUUUGAAUUCGAAUGCUCAGGAAGUGGUGACUGGUCCAGGACCUCAUCUACAGUACCGUACAAUCGGAGGUCGAAUUGAUAUGGCAUUCUUCCCGGGACCAACUCCAGAAGAAGUCGUCAAUCAAUACCUUCAACACAUCGGAUUCCCAUUCUUACCUGCCUACUGGGCACUCGGAUAUCAGUUGUGUCGAUGGGGAUACGGUAGUUUGGAUGCAAUGAAAACAGUCAUCUCGAGAAAUCAAGCAGCCGGAAUUCCAUUGGAUGUACCGUAUGCUGACAUUGAUUACAUGAAUCAUUAUGAGGAUUUCACAGAGGGAGAUAACUGGUCGGGAUUUCCUGCCUACACUCAACAACUACAUGCUCAGGGACUUCAUUUAAUUGUGAUUUUCGAUCCAGCCGUUGAAGUUGAUUACGCUUCUUUCCAGAGAGGAAUCACUGCUGACGCCUCGUUCAUCGAAUGGGCCCGUGAUGACCAAGUUCCUCAUAGCAUUCAAGAUCAGUAUCCGAUGGCGAAGAACACGAGAGUCAUGUUGGGAAAUGUGUGGCCAGAGAGAAAUACAGCGUUCCCAGAUUUCUUGGAUACAAAGAGUAACACGAAUGAUUGGUGGGCUGGAGAGUUUGCGCAGUUCCACAAGACGCUUCCCUUCGACGGAAUGUGGAUUGACAUGAAUGAACCAUCGAACUUCGACACUGGAACCUACUCAUCCAUGGAGGAACAACUUGCCAGUGCCAAGUUAUCGUGUCCGAUCUCUGGACCAGAUUCCACUCUCGAAAGACCUCCAUAUCCAACGCAAGCAGUAUACCAAAGAGAUGGCGAAUACCUCUUUUCGAAGACUCUUUGUAUGCUCGGAAAGACCGCCCGUCGUUCCAGAAACUUCUACGACACAAAGAAUCUUUACGGAUGGAGUGAAGCACGUGCCACGUAUCAAGCAAUCCCUCAAGUGACUGGAAAGAGAUCAGCUGUAAUCUCGAGAAGUACAUUCCCUUCGUCUGGAAGAUACGGUGGACAUUGGUUGGGAGAUAACACUGCAAGAUGGGAGGAUUUGCAGACGAGUGUGAUUGGAGUGAUGGAAUUCAAUAUGUUUGGAAUUCCCUAUGUGGGAUCAGAUAUCUGUGGAUUCAAUGGAGUGAGUAACGAGGAAUUAUGUUUGAGAUGGCAUCAGUUUGGAGCAUUCUCUCCAUUCUCAAGAGACCAUAACUCCGAAGGAAUGCCCGACCAAGAUCCAGCCGUCUGGCCAUCAGUUGCCACUGCAGCCAAGAUUGCCCUUGGUUUCAGAUAUUACUAUCUUCCUUAUUUAUACAGUCUUCACUACAACGCUGCUCGUUACGGACAUACCGUAAUCCGUCCACUGUUCUUCGAAUUCCCGAAAGAUGAGGAGACUCUUGAGAUCAGUGAACAGUUCUUGUGGGGAUCUGCAUUGAUGAUUGCUCCAGCUUUGUAUCAGGGUCAAUCCACGGUACACGCCUACUUCCCAUCCGACACCUGGUAUUCCCUGCAACCAGAAACCUACGGUCAGAAGAUGUUUGCCGGAUUCAACGACGUCAAUGCUCCACUCUCCUCCCUGACUCCAGUUUUCGUCAGAGGUGGAUUCAUUCUUCCACGUCAAGCAGCCAUGACAACAACCACGGCUUCUCGAUUGAAUCCAUUUGAAGUUUUGAUUACAGUCAAGACGAAUGCAGCUUCAUCGGGAGAUCUCUACUACGACGGUGGAGAUGAUUUGAUUCCAAAUGAUGACAUUGAGCAACAUCCAAGAGUUCACUGGCAAUUCUCAUUCACUUCUUCCAUCGUCGGUGGAGUCUUCUCUGGAAAUUCUAGAUUGUUUCAGGCCGUAAAACCACCAACUCUUGAUACAAUUGAAAUCCUCGGAUAUCCAUCGGCUCCAAACUUCUCUGGAUUCAAACUCGACGGAUCUUCUGUUACAUUGGAUAUGUCAAAGAGUUCUUAUGAUGCUUCGACUCAGAAAUUGAUUGUUUCAUCGAAGAAUUUCAUUAGUUUGAUGGCUUUGAAGAAGAAAUUUACUUUGAGUUUCUCUAAUAAUUGA